AUGAGAAAGGAGAUGGACGAAUUGAGGAAUGCCAUUAAGGGGAAGACAGACCGAAGCGUAGACAAAAUUGUAAGGGCCACAGAUUCGCCUUUCACUACAGCAGUCCUUGAAUGCCCCUUGUCAUCAAAGUUUCGUUUACCUCAACUUAAGCCGUUCGACGGGCUCAAAGACCCUCAGGAUCACCUUAAUACAUUCAAAACGAUACUAAGCCUUCAACAGCCACCUGACGAGAUACUGUGUCAUUCCUUUCCCACCACUCUCAAAAGGGCUGCAAGGGAAUGGUUCACGAAGUUGCCCACAUCAUUCAUCGACAACUUCGAGCAGUUAAGCAGCGCUUUCUUGUGUCACUUCAUUGGGGGGCAGCAUCCUAAGAAGCCAGCGGACCACUUACUCACCAUUAAGCAGGGGGAAAAGGAAACCUUGAGGUCAUACAUGAAACGUUUUACUCGGGAGACCCUCGAGGUAGACGAAACUGAUGACAAAGUACAGCUGACGACCUUUAAAGCAGGACUGAGAUCCAGAGAUCUCAUGGCUUCACUCGUGAAGAACCCUCCAAAGACGAUGGCAGAAAUGCUCCUAAAAGCACAGAAGUACAUGAAUGCUGAAGACGCUUUAACAGCCAUAAAGGACGUAGAGAAGCCAGGAGACAAAGGUAGAAGGGAUGACGGGGUCAAAAGAGGGAACGCCUAG